ACAUUACCGUCGCAGGAGUUCACUUGCAGUCCAGAUCAUUUUGGGCAGGCAUACGCAAAGUCGACUGGAUGACAUCACUGCAACUUUUGGCUUUUCCCAAUCCUGCCCAAAGGCUGGGCCGCGAAGGGAAUCUUUGAAACCCAAAACAUUUUAAACAUUGAAAACUUUCCCAAAAAGUUAAAUUGAGUUUUAAGCUAAGUGCAAAUGUGGUUUUUCAAACCGAAGAUGUCUUAUUUGUACCACCGUUCGUAAUAUAUACUAAAAGUCCGACUCGUUCGAUGGCUGCAGCGACGGAUCAGAAGCACGGGUGUGCCCGGGUUUGCUGAUUAGCUGACCCAUGUCUCCCAAAGGCCCGGUGCAGGGCAGGGCUGAGGAUACUGCUGUGCAGGUGGCGGUCAGAGUUCGGCCCUUUCUGCCCAAGGAGCUGCUGCACAGCCAUGCGAGCUGCAUUACCGCGGACCCGGAGGAGAGGAGGGUCACGCUGGGCCACGACCGCCAUUUUCACUGCGACUUCGUCUUCGAGGAGAGCAGCAGCCAGGAGGAGGUCUACUCCGCGUGUGUCCAGCCUCUCAUUGAGGCCUUUUUCCAGGGCUUCAACGCCACUGUCUUUGCAUACGGGCAGACUGGCUCCGGCAAGACCUACACCAUCGGAGAGGCCAAUAUUUCCUCCUUCAGGGACGACGAGCAGGGCGUCAUCCCGCGGGCCGUGGCCGAGGUCUUCAAGCUGCUGGACGAGAACGACCUCAGCGACUUCUCCGUCAGGGUCUCCUACCUGGAGGUGUACAAGGAGGACUUCAGGGACCUGCUGGAGGCGGAGACGGCCAGCAAGGACAUCCACAUCCGAGAGGACGACAAGGGCAACAUCGUGCUGUGCGGGGUGAAGGAGUGCGAGGUGGAGGGGCUGGACGAGGUGCUCAGCCUCCUGGAGAGCGGGAACACGGCCCGGCACACGGGCGCCACGCAGAUGAACCCCAGCUCCAGCCGCUCCCACACCAUCUUCACCGUGCUGAUGGAGCAGCGGCGGGCCGGCGGCGGCUCCCGGGGGCCCGGCGGCGGCCCGCACAUCCUCGCCUCCAAGUUCCACUUCGUGGACCUGGCGGGCUCGGAGCGGAUCCUCAAAACGGGGAACACCGGCGAGAGGCUGAAGGAGAGCAUCCAGAUCAACAGCGGGCUCCUGGCUCUCGGCAACGUGAUCGGGGCGCUGGGGGACCCCAAGAGGAGGGGGUCCCACAUCCCAUACCGGGACUCCAAAAUCACCAGGAUUCUAAAAGACUCACUGGGAGGGAACGCCAAAACCCUCAUGAUCGCCUGCAUCAGCCCCUCCUCCUCGGACUUCGACGAGAGCCUCAACACUCUGAAUUACGCCAAGCGGGCGCGGAACAUCCAGAACCAGGCGGUGGUGAACUGCCGGGGCGAGCCGGACCGCACUGAGGGCCUGGAGAUGCAGAUCCGGGCCCUGCGGCGGGCCCUGGAGAACCGGCAGCGCUCGGAGACGCGCAUCAUCGCCCGGCCCGACCCCGACAGGAAGCCCCGGCCGCCGGGCGGCGAGGUGGGCAAGCUGCGCGCCGAGAGCGCCCACUACAGGACGUGCACGGACGCGGCCUACCGGCUGCUGAUGGAGCUGCAGGGGGAGGGCACGCUGAGCGCCGGCCAGGUCCUCCGCGUGAAGGAGUGGCUGUGCGCCGUGGAGGAGGAGCGCAGCGAGCUCACCACCGCCUCCGGGCCGGACAGCGGCAUCGAGAGCACCUCCACCGAGGGCAGCGCCGCCCUGAAGAAGGGGGGCGGAGCCGCCCGAAACCAGGCUCCAGAGCACGGGCUGGAGGAGUGGGACAGAGAACGGGGAGACCGCACGUCUCUCCUGCAGGCCCGAGUCCAGCAGCUGGAGAGGGAGAACACGGACUUCCUGGCCGCUCUGGAGGACGCCAUGGAGCAGUACAAACUGCAGAGCGACAGGCUCCAGGAGCAGCAGGACCUGAUCGCCGAGCUGCACAGUCUCAUUUCCCAGCCGGGCCACAUGGAGCUGGUGCACGUGAAAGCCAGGCCUCACACGGCUCCCAUGAGCUCCGUGCGGCCCGCCGCCGCUAACGCUAACGCUGGCCGCGUCAGCCCUUUGUCUAACGGAGACGCCGGAAGGACCCCUUUCCUAGAGACCUACUGUUUGGGCAGGGGUCCAUGCAGGCCCCAGGGUCUGGAGGAGAGCGGCCUGCUAGGUCAGAGAGAGUCUCCUCAUGACCCUGAGACCCCAGGCAGGGGGGAGGCACAAGAGGAGGAGGAACAGGAGGAGGAGGAGGGUGAAGACGUACACAUCAGAUGGAACAGAGACAGACGGAAACAUGUGAACCUGUCCUGGCUGAGGCGGGAGGGCUCGUGCGGAGGGUCAGCGGGCAGAGCGGUGGGGAACCUCUCCCUGCUCCCGGAGCCCGGCCACCCGCCCGCUCACAGCCACAGGCGCACGUCCGACUGCAGCGGGGCGGGGAGCUCCGUGCGGGAGUCCCUGGGAGGAGGGGGGCCGGGAGAGCGAGGGCUCCUCCAGGCCCAGCAGAAGAUCCGAGAGCUGUCAAUCAACAUCCGCAUGAAGGAGGAGCUGAUUAAGGAGCUGGUGAAGACAGGUAGGCCGCCGGCCUCCGCUCCGUCUCCCGGCUGCUGCAGCCUCUCCGCUCAGCGCACCAAUGGAAGCGCAGGCUUCUCCUAAUGGAAACGGGGAUGA